GUCAUGAGGGGAGGGAAAAGCAAACUUUCUUGACUUGUGACUGGCCCAAGAGACGAUCGUUUUGUCAGUUUCCCCACACACUGUGUUAAAACUUUUGGUCAGAAUUUUUGAUCCGCAGCAUCUCAAAGGAAGAGGAGGGUUCAUACUCGUUUGGGUUGGAAGGGGGAGUUGAAAUCACGUGCAAUCUUGUGUGCCUCGGCCGGCACAAAGUCCAGAUCUCGACCCGAUGCGAAGAGAUUGACCCUUUCGACCCACCGCCCACUUCGCCGCAAGCUUUACAGCAUGACAGCAGGGGGUCUACAGGGACACACGAUGUCCGAGAACGACGCUAACCCCCAGGGCCCGCAGGGCAUCACCGGCGCGCAGAACGAGGCCGCCCUCCUGGCUCUCAUGGAGCGUACGGGCUACAACAUCAUCCAGGAGAACGGGCAGAGGAAGUAUGGCGGCCCCCCGCCCGGCUGGGAGGGCGCCACUCCGAGUCGUGGCUGCGAGGUGUUCGUCGGGAAGAUCCCUCGUGACUUGUUUGAAGACGAACUGGUACCAGUCUUCGAGAGCAUAGGUAAGAUCUAUGAACUGAGACUCAUGAUGGACUUUAAUGGCAACAACAGAGGCUACGCCUUCGUGAUGUACACCUCCCGAGACGACGCCAAGAGGGCCGUCAAGCAACUCAAUAAUUACGAAAUCAGAAAGGGGAGACUGCUGGGGGUGUGUCCCAGCGUCGACAACUGUCGCCUCUUCGUGGGCGGGAUCCCAAAGAACAAGAAGAAGCACGAAAUCCUAGAAGAGAUGUCCAAGGUCACGGAGGGAGUGGUUGACGUGAUUGUCUACCCUAGCGCCACAGACAAAACCAAGAAUCGCGGAUUUGCAUUUGUUGAGUACGAGAGCCACCGGGCUGCGGCCAUGGCACGCAGGAAGCUGAUCCCGGGCCGGAUCCAGCUGUGGGGGCAUCAGAUCGCCGUGGAUUGGGCCGAACCAGAAGUGGAAGUAGACGAGGAUAUCAUGAAAUCCGUCAAGGUACUGUAUGUCCGCAACCUCCUCCUCACAACAACAGAAGAGAGCCUGAAGGAGAGUUUUGAGAAGGUGGCCACCCCGGGGUCCGUCGAGCGGGUGAAGAAGAUCCGAGACUACGCCUUUGUCCACUUCAAAACCAGGGAAGAGGCAGUCAAGGCCAUGAAUUCCACCAAUGGGCAGCUCAUCGACGGCUGUCAGGUUGAAGUAACUCUAGCAAAACCGGUGGACAGGGACAACUACGUCCGUUACACACGCGGUGCCGGCCGCGGCAUGCCCAUGGAGGUCUACCCAACAGGCUACGAAAACUACUACAUCCCAACUCCUUACCCUCCAACCCUGUAUCCAGCAGCUGCUGCUGCAGCUGCAGCCUUUGCACCUGCCAACCUGCGCUUCCAAGGCCGCAGCUCUCUGGGAGCUCGCGGGGUGAUGCGUGUGCGUGGUCGUGGGGCUGCUGGCGCUCGUGGGGCGGGCGGAUCACGCGGCUACUUCUCCUACGGUCUGACCCGGGGUGGCUUCUACGGGCAGAAGAAGAAAGAGCUGUUUGACCUGCUGCCAGGCAUGGAGCUCACUCCGACCAACCCUGUCACCAUGAAGCCUCUCAAGUCUGCUCCACAGGUGCCACUGGACCAGAUGUUGGAGGAGAUGUGCCAGAAGAACCAGUGGGGAUCCCCUGUGUACUCCCUUCACUCCACCAUGGGGCCUGGGGAGAGACAGCUCUUCCUGUACAAGGUGACAGUGCCAGCCCUGGCUUCACAGUACCCGAGUGCCCAGCCCUUCCAGCCCACCAAGUUGGCUCCAUCCGUGGAGGAAGCUAAGAGCGUCGCUGCAGAAUUCGUCCUCAACCAGCUGGGGAUCCCGUUGGAUGUCUCCGGUGAGGUCCCCCUGGCGGCAAUGGCGGCAACUGCAGGCGCGGCCUACCAGCGUCCCCUGGCCGGCUACACCUUGGCUAAGGACGCCUCGUCCUACGCACAAGGCUUUGUGCCGAUGACAUCAGCUGCGUCCCUCGCUACGGCUACCUCCCGCCAGGUGCAGAGCCAGGAUGUGUACAGCGCAGCUGCAGCGUACGAGGGAUAUGCCCAGUAUGCAGCGGCCGCCGCGGCUGCCUCCGCUCAGCACGAGUUGUACCAAACGUAUUGAACAUAGUCAGUCAGAAGCAAUAGCAAUGAGUGCUGCAGUGUUGGUCAGCUUUCUGUAAAAGUACAUCUCAGUACAUCACCUUCACUGUUGAAUAAGUGACAGAAUUGUAACACUUACUAAGAGUUUUUAGAUGAGUGUGAUGCAGGUGUUCACAGGUAAAGGAUGUUCAGAAAGUUACCCUGGUGUUACUGUUACUGGUAGCAUUACCUUAUUUUGUAUGUUUUGGGUGUUCCAAAGCAAAUUCAUGUUUUUUAAAACAUGUUUCUGGUCUAUUAGCUGCAAGAUUUAUAGAGAAAAUCUACGAGUAUCUAGUACUGUUAUGUGCUUAUAGAAAGAAGAAUGUGCCUUGAAUGUUUGAACUUCAAUAAUCCUGCUAUAUCUAUGAAUUUAAAGGUUAGGCGCAGUGUAUUGCUCUGAUGCAUAUGUAGUAUUCUUUAGCUUUAGGUUUAGGUCUGAAUAUCAUAUAUAGUGAUCAGACACUGUUGAUUGCCUGACUAUUGUCCAUGACAUUUGUAUGUGUCAUAUAUCUUACUUACUUACAUUAGUAUAAUUCUGGAGCAUUAAUGUAUUGUAAUCUCCAACCUUUAGCAUACUCUUUUAACCAUGUAUUGAUUUUAUAGUAUUGAGUGGCCAGUACCAUUCUUGUAGGAGUGGUUGGCAUUGUUGGUCUGGUAGCUUUAUUAUGUGGAAACAACAAAAUGCAGUCUUAGCAUGAAAGUUCAUCAGAGUUGUUAUGUUACAUAAUGAGAAUUAAACUGUUCUCCAAGCUCAAGAAGUUUAACUCAUUGGACUUUUCAGCUGAAUCUCUUGGUUUGCAUCGAAUGUUGACCCAGUGCUGACAUCACAAAUGCGGAAAAAAUUCAUGAGUCUGCAGCACUUGGGUCAGACAGCUCAUUAAGACCGAGACAGUCAGUCAAAAAUUCCGGAGAUUCAAAUUCCUUGAGUUGGAGAAGAGUGCAGUCUUGUCUGGAAAAUGGAAUGUUCUGUAUGCUCCAAGGAGAAUGCAGUUCAUUUGUUGCAUCCUGGUUUAUUCAUGUUCUAUUUCAACUUCUGUUGACAAAAGCGACCCUACUUUGCAAGUUUUCAAGGCAAAGAAAAAAAUCUACCAGCUAUUGGAAAAUCUUGAAUUAAAUUGAGUUGACUUGAAUUUUUAUCCACCCAAUUCCAAGAAUCUAAAACCUUAGGUGAGUUAACUCUCUUUUUCACAGUGGUACUGAAAAAGGUAACUUGACAGCUAAGACCAUAUAUUUGGAACAUAAAAGUUUGCCACAUUUGUUUUUAUUCCAUAAGUUAAGGUGUAGAACCUAAUAUCGAUAAGUUAAGAUGUAGAGCUAAAGGAGUGUUGUUUUGAGAUCAAUUAUGAAACUUUUGUCUCAUAAUACCAUUUCCAAAGGCAUGACAUAUUUGAAUAUUUGUUAAGGUUACUUGUAAUACCCUCACCAAGAAUUGUUAGGGUUGAGUAACUGUAAGUGUAUCACUUGCUUUGUUUCAAAGUUACUCAUGUCUCUAGUUUAGCGUUAUGCAGUUUUACCUAGCAUGAGCAUUUAAAGAAAAAUAGCAAUUUUUUCUCAUAGUUAAGCAUGUUGAUAUUUGUAGUAUUUCUCUUCUUAUGAGGAAUUUUCCUCUUUUCCUAGAGGAUUUUAUUUUAGGGUGCCAGGUUGCACAAAUGUGUGACACAUGCUCACUUAAGAUAUUUACUUCUGUCCUAUUUUUAAAGUAUUCUUUUUACCUUUGCAAGGGAUUCCUAAAGUAGUGGUUUUUAUCUUUGUCUCAGGAAGGCCUUGUAUUUGUUUGCCAUUGGCUGUUUGCCGACCAAUCAUAAAGAGAGUUUUAUCAUGUACAGUUUCAAAAGUUUGACAUCAGAGAAGUGGCCUUGUGUUGUGAUACUGAGUGCCAAAAAACCUUUUGUUUUGAAGUAACUGUGUUAUUUGAUUCACCAUUGUGAUUGUUCAGUCCAUCAUGUGACCACUAUGUUGUGUGUGAUUGGUCAAACAGAUCACAUGACCUCAAACCAAUGGUUUUUAUAUAUCCCAUCAUGCUUUGUUUAACAAUCCCUACUCAAUCCAGGCACUUGGUACCAGAAACAUUACGCCAUUUCGGAAAAAAGGAGGCUUAAAAUCUGGUGCUUGAGAACUAUGCACAGAAUUUUUUGCCAAUCAUGACUGCACCCGUGAAAUUUCAGCACCUGAUUGGUUGGUUAAUUCAUGUGUGGCAAAGUUUAAAAACACCCUGUAACCAACUGUGUUGCCAAGUUGGCACUGUAGACCAGUGCUUGCAGAAAAUGUCAUACAACAUCAAUUGUUGUACUGGUGUGAUUAUCAAAAGAAUGUUGGUAUGAAUUUGGAAGGUUGGAUCCCUUGUAAAUAGUUUAAAUUUCAGUAGAUGCUUGAUACUUACCUGAAGGUAGUGAUGUGUGUAUGCACAAAGUCAUUAAAUCUUCCCAGUUAUG